AUGAAGGAGUACUCACUUCGGACACUGAGCAACAACACGAGUGAAGUAGUUAGCAGUAUAAUCCUCGGCAGCUAUACGUCCGAAACCUCCGAAGAGAAGGUGGUGCCGACGCAUACCGUGGGAACGUCAUACUACAAGACGGAUUCUGAAGCAAAAUCUUCCGAGUACGAACAAUCGGAAGCGAUGAAUCCGUUGCCUCACCUCACAAGCGCUUCAUCAUCACAUUCUUCUUACUCUAAGACGACGGGGCACGAAGAUUCAGGCAACACAGCCCAGCCGCGCAAAGACGCAAAAGGGUAUGAAACCGAAGCGCUUUGGCCGGUAAAUGUAUCGUUGGCGCAUACGGCUACCCCGACGCAGAACAGAUCUUCGUACAAUUCGCCCACCACAAUUUCUACGUCUGAGAGCACCAAGAUAAUAUCUGGAGGAUCCAUUUCAGGACUUGUGGUCGGUAUAACAUGCCUUGUGUUCGUGAUUGCUGCAUUCGUGACUAUGAAGAAACGUAAGGCGGGCCAUCAAUUUCCACUGAUUAAGCUUUCGGCGGGAUUCGGAGAUUCUCAAUCCAUGGAGAUUGCUUCGUCCAAAUUAGCACCUCCGGGGACAUUUGAGAGACUCGACAGCGGUCGCAACGAGGUAGGGGGACCUAACAUGAGUGGCAUUUUCAAAGUUACGCAAGAUGACCCAUUCACGAGGACGCACAUGAGCAAAGGUGGGAUUUGGGACGACCCGGUACUUGUUGCUGCUCGUAUUCCUCUUGAGAAAAUUCAAAUUAAGGAACUUCUUGCUCGUGGCGGCUUCGGUCAAGUCUUUCUGGCGUCGUAUAACGGCCAGACUGUAGCUGUGAAGACACUGUUGCCAGAGACGGCCGAGGACAUGGACGAAAUCAACGCACUAUUUGUUGAAAGUAAGGUCAUGGCAACUCUGAACCAUCCUUGCGUAGUCAACUUCAUUGGAAUUGCCUGGGAAUCUUUCAGUACUAUUUGCUGUGUAACAGAGUAUUUGGUUGGUGGUGAUCUGCGUGCUUUGCUGAACCACUUUUUGGUGAAUCAUACGCGGCCUCAAGGCUUUGACCAUGACAAGGUCAAGAUCGCGCUUGAUAUUGCGCACGGCUUGACGUAUCUUCACUCAAUGGAGCCAAGCAUCUUGCACCGUGACCUCAAAAGUCGAAACGUGCUGCUAACUUCGCAGCUGAAUGCAAAGCUGACGGACUUUGGCGUGUCUCGAGAGCGCUCAGACGGAAUGAUGACAAAUGCAGUCGGAACGUCUCUUUGGAUGGCACCCGAAGUUAUGCUGGGAAGUCACUACGACGGCAAAGCUGACGUCUUUUCUUUUGGUAUUUUGCUGAGUGAACUUGACACACAUGCGAUGCCGUACGCUAAUGUCCGAAACUCCAAUGGACGCACACCUUCGGAGACUACUAUCCUGCGAAAGGUAGCUGCCGGUAGCUUGCAGGUCGAGUUUUCGCGUAAUUGUCCAACGCAGCUAAAGAAACUAGCUCAAGCAUGUAUUUCCGUGAACCCGAAGAACCGCCCGACAGCUAACGAAGCGCUGUCCAAACUGAAAACUGCACUCACGUCAUUCGAAGUGGAAGAAGUGGCGCUAUGA